GUCUCUCUCUGUCUCUCUCUGCUUGGAUGCAGGCUCCCCGAUCGAGGCUCCAGGUUCCACAGACGGAGACUCGCAGGCCUGUAUCAGAGUUUGGCAUGGGGUUACUGUGCCAGCCUUGCCCCUACCAGGCGCUCUAGAUGAUGGUUCCCCAGCGCAACAUGACAGAGAGGCAGUGAGGCUCGGCUAGCCCCCCCACCCCCACCCCGACCCGACGAUACUCUCAACACUCCCUUGUUCUCCCCUAACCGCUGACCUCCACAUCCCGUCCCACCAUGCUGCGUUUCCUGCCUCUGAAGCUGGGUCGUCUCUACCGUUGUCUGAAGCUUCUACUGGUGGUCGGUCUGUUUGUUAUCCUCCUGAUGAACACCCACAACCUGUUCGCCUCCUUCCAGAAGAACGAGCUGACGGACCGCCGCUUCAUCAACCUCAACAAGUGUCCUGCCUGCUUCGGCACCAGCUGGUGCAGGAAGUUCAUGAACGGCCAGGUGUCCUUCGAGACCUGGGGACGCCUGCGCUUCCUGGAUGUCUUCAACGUCAAGAACGUGUAUUUCGCCCAGUACGGCGAGCCGCGGGAGGGGACGAGGCGCGUGGUGCUCAAACGCCUGGGAUCCAACCAGGAGCUGGCGGACAUUGACCAGAAGAUCUGUAAGAGAGCUACUGGCCGUCCUCGCUGCGACCUCAUCCAGGCCAUGUACAAGACGGAGUUCGCCCGGCUGAACGGUGACGUGAGGCUUCUGACCCCUGAGGUGGUAGAGGGCUGGUCUGACCUGGUGCACUGCCCCUCCCAGAGGCUGCUGGACAGGGUGGUGCGGCGCUAUGCCGAGACCAAAGACUCUGGCAGCUUCCUGCUGAAGAACCUGAAGGACACAGAGAGGAUGCAGCUACUGAUGACCCUGGCCUUCAACCCUGAGCCCCUCGUACUACAGGUGUUAUUAACUUCUAUGUGCUGCACUAUAGAGGACUGCAGACACUGACAUGUCCAAAUGAAACCAGUGGAAUCCCAAGAGGCCUGUUGGACUGGUAGCCCCCCCUUUCUGCUACAGAGCCAUCUAGUGGAAUCCCAAGAGGCCUGUUGGACUGGUAGCCCCCCCUUUCUGCUACAGAGCCAUCUAGUGGAAUCCCAAGAGGCCUGUUGGACUGGUAGCCCCCCCUUUCUGCUACAGAGCCAUCUAGUGGAAUCCCAAGAGGCCUGUUGGACUGGUAGCCCCCCCUUUCUGCUACAGAGCCAUCUAGUGGAAUCCCAAGAGGCCUGUUGGACUGGUAGCCCCCCCUUUCUGCUACAGAGCCAUCUAGUGGAAUCCCAAGAGGCCUGUUGGACUGGUAGCCCCCCCUUUCUGCUACAGAGCCAUCUAGUGGAAUCCCAAGAGGCCUGUUGGACUGGUAGCCCCCCCUUUCUGCUACAGAGCCAUCUAGUGGAAUCCCAAGAGGCCUGUUGGACUGGUAGCCCCCCCUUUCUGCUACAGAGCCAUCUAGUGGAAUCCCAAGAGGCCUGUUGGACUGGUAGCCCCCCCUUUCUGCUACAGAGCCAUCUAGUGGAAUCCCAAGAGGCCUGUUGGACUGGUAGCCCCCCCUUUCUGCUACAGAGCCAUCUAGUGGAAUCCCAAGAGGCCUGUUGGACUGGUAGCCCACCCCCCUUCUUUCAUACCACAAAGACCAGGGAGGUUUUCCAAUGACUUGCAAAGAAAGGCACCUAUUGGUAAAUAAACUAAAAAGCAGACACUGAAUAUCUCUUCG